AUGGCCACCUCCAGCGAUUUCGCGUCUGCCAUGACCACCCGGUCGCUCCGCAUGGUCCGGACGGAACUGGAAUUCCUUGCCGAUUCCCGUGUGAUCACUCCCCACCAGCUCUCCUCCAUUCUAUCACAGCUACCUACCGAUUCCGAGGCCUCUCGAGCGGCGAAUGCAUCAUCGCCGCCCCGACAGCACGCACAGCCUGUGCCUGUUCAACAUGUCCCAGUGCAAACACAGCCCCCUCCGGCCGCCUACACGCCCUCAUAUUCGCCCCCUGUUUCACAAAUGUCCAAUGUAUCGGUGAACGAGAAAGCCGCGCUGCACAAUCAAUAUGCAAGCCCGCCCCCGGGAGCCCCGCCAGCUUAUCCCCAAGUCCCGCCAGCCAUGGGUUUCGCGGUGGCUGUGUACGAAUACCACGCUUCCGACGCGGGUGACUUGAACAUGAAGCCGCAGGAUCGCAUCCAGAUUAUUGAGGAAAUGAACAAGGACUGGUGGCGUGGUCGCAAUGAGCGGACUGGCCAGGAGGGUAUCUUCCCUCAAAGCUACGUAAACGUCGUGAAUGAGAAGGCUGGCUACGCUCCGCCCCCGCCUACAAACUAUGGAAACAUGCCUCUUGAUGUCAGCCAGAGUGGACAGCCUGAAAACCCCGAGGACCCAAAGAAGAGCAAGUUCGAGGAAGGAGGCAAGAAGUUCGGAAAGAAACUGGGCAAUGCUGCAAUCUUCGGUGCCGGUGCUACUGUUGGCUCCAACAUCGUGAACAGCAUCUUCUAA